GCUGUUCGCUGGCGCGGGAUAAACACGCCACGCGCUUCAGCUGUUUACAGUGUCCGGAAGACUCCACCGAUCUCUCAAAAUCACAAAUAUAUACCUGUAAUAUUAUCAAUGGACACGUGAAUCAAAUGGAGCAGUCUUUCAUUUCAGAUAAACAGUGUGUUUGUUGAGCAUCAGGUGAGUCAUGAAGCCCCUCAGAGAUGCUGAACUCGGGGCCUCCACCUUCUUCGCUUCUCCUCUUCCUCAUGAUGUGUGUGGCAGCAAUGGACUUCCUCUCACCCCAAACUCCAUCAAGAUCCUGGGACGCUUCCAGAUCCUCAAGACCAUCACCCAUCCCAGACUGUGCCAAUAUGUGGACAUCACCAGAGGGAAGCAUGAACGGCUGGUUAUUGUUGCUGAGCACUAUGAAAAAAGCCUAAAAGAUCUUCUGAAGCAGGGGAAACCAGUCAGUCCAGAGAUGGUGCUUCACGUUGCCUAUGAAGUGCUAGAAGGUUUGGAGUUCAUGAAUGAACAUGGGAUGGUUCACCGCGCCUUGUCUCCCAACAAUGUUCUCUUGGAUCGUGAGGGUAAAGUGAAGUUGGCCAAAUUUGGCCUGUAUCAUAUGACCGACCACGGAGCAGAUGUUGACUUCCCUAUUGGGUAUCCAUCUUACCUGCCUCCAGAGGUUAUUGCUCAAGGCUGUCUGUAUUCCAGCGACCCCUCGAUCAUUGAGGCCCCGCUUCCUUCAGGGCCCAAAACAGACGUUUGGUCUCUCGGGGUGCUUCUGUUUGAACUCUGUGUGGGAAGGCAGAUUCUGCAGAACAUUGAUAUUAGUGAGAGAAUGAAAUUCAUCAUCACCUUAGGAUGCAUGGACGACAUAAUCACUGUUCUUGCUGAGGAACACGGGUGCUUGGAUACUGUUAAGGAUCUGCCUGAAAAUGUGCAGGCUUUAUUGAGGAAAUGCCUGACGUUUCUCCCUUCAAAAAGAGCCACCCCAGCCGAGCUUCUGGGAGACUCUGUGUUUGAGAGCAUGUCCUGUCAGUACACACCCUACCAGUGCCCCGUGCGUCUGUUCGCUGCCGCCCCGCGCUGUGCUCAUCUGGAGCUUCCUGAGGACAUCAGCGAACUCUGCAAAGAUGAUGGAGAGAACUACCUGGUAGAGAGAGGCAUAGAUGAGGUGUAUCACCUGUGGUGUCUGGCAGGAGGAGACCUAGAGAAAGAGCUGACCAAUCAAGAGAUCAUCCAGUCAAAACCUCCCGCCUGCACCCUUCCCAAGUUCAUUUUAGAGGACGGCGAGUCUUUUGGUCAAGGCCGGGACAGAAGUUUCCUACUGGAUGACACAACUGUGACACUUUCUCUUUAUCAGCUCAAAAAUAGGCUGAAGGAUGUUGCUGGAGAGACGUUCUAUCCGUUAUUGGAAGAUGAGCAGUCCAGCCUGCCUCAGUCUAACGGCAGUAAUGAACUGUCUGCCACCAUCACACUGCCCCUCAUUAUCCGGGAGAGAGAUACCGAGUACCAGCUCACCCGCAUUGUCCUCUUCGACAGGCUGCUCAAGGCGUACCCCUACAAGAAGAACCAGGUGUGGAGGGAGGCGAGGGUUGAUAUUCCUCCUCUUCUGAGGGGUCUGGCCUGGGCAGCCUUACUAGGAGUGGAGGGGGAUAUCCAAUCGAAAUAUGACGGCAUCGAUAAGGACACGCCCAUCCCCACUGAUAGACAGAUUGAAGUGGACAUCCCUCGCUGUCACCAGUACGAUGAGCUGUUGUCGUCACCUCAGGGUCACGUCAAGUUUCGGCGGGUGCUCAAGGCCUGGGUGGUGUCUCAUCCUGAUCUGGUGUACUGGCAAGGCUUGGAUUCGCUUUGCGCUCCUUUCCUGUAUCUAAACUUCAACAACGAAGCUCUUGCAUAUGCAUGCAUGUCAGCCUUCAUCCCCAAAUAUCUGUACAAUUUCUUCCUGAAGGACAACUCGCAUGUAAUACAAGAAUAUCUGACGGUCUUCUCGCAGAUGAUUGCGUUCCACGACCCUGAGCUCGGCAACCACCUGAACGAGAUCGGAUUCAUACCUGAUCUCUACGCGAUCCCGUGGUUCCUUACAAUGUUCACACAUGUGUUCCCCCUGCACAAGAUCUUCCACCUGUGGGACACCCUGCUUUUGGGAAACUCCUCUUUCCCUUUUUGCAUCGGUGUAGCUAUUCUGCAGCAGCUGAGAGACCGUCUGCUGGCCAACGGCUUCAACGAAUGCAUACUGCUCUUCUCAGACCUGCCCGAGAUCGACAUUGAACGCUGUGUCCGGGAAUCCAUCAACCUUUUCUGCUGGUCUCCUAAAAGUGCCACUUACCGUCAGCAUGCCCAGCCAAACAAAACUGCCAGUGACAACAACGGCUUCGGGAAAACACCUUCCUUUUACUCUUCGGAAUAUCAGGACCUGACCAAAACAGACCUGAGCCGCGAGCCACUAAAGCUGAGCGAGCUGAAAGCAGAAGUGUCUCCGCGUAUCUCUGUGGAAGACCUCAUUGACCUGUGUGAGCUGAGUGGACCGGCUUGCUUUAAAACUCCUGCCAAGAGGGCCAGGACUGGGAAACCCAAGAUCCUGGCAGUGGACAUCCGAAGCCUUGAAGACUUCAGUCGCGGUCACAUCCCAGGUAGCAUUAACAUUCCCUACACCUCCACGUUUGGGCCGGAGGGAGAACUGCUCCAGUGUCCCGCCACCAGCACCCUGGCCGGAUACAGAUUCCGUGUCAUCGUGAUCCUCAGCAACAUCAUGAAGAAUGCUACCACGUUUGCUGCUCACCUGGUGAAAGUAAAUUUCCCUCGGGUUUGUGUCUUGGAUGGUGGCAUGAACAAGAUGAAGUCCACAGGCCUGUUAACUGUCCCAUCUCCGCAGAUAUAACAGUGUGUGCUUUGAUAAAGGGAAACUGUUUGAAUGUCAUUUACAUGGUGCAAGACGUGAAUACAUUUCUCAGAUAAAACAUUUUUCUUCGAAACCACGUCAACAGGUCCUGAAAGGCAUUAUGCAUGUCAGCACUGAAAAGUUUGAACUUGAAAAAUGCACACAGCUGUUUGAGCUUCUGGGACCAAACCAAUCAACACGAAUAAAGUUGUUGUUUUU